AUGAAGAGUGGAGCUGAUAUGUUCUGUUGUGGAGAUAAAGAGGAGGAACCCAAUGGCCCGCCUGCUAAUCAAUACACAGCCCCGCCAAGGGGAGGGAAUCCAUAUAGUGGUGGUGGCAGCGGAAGAGGAGAGCCGAGAAGCGCCAAUCAGGCGAGAAGUGGAGCUCCACAGAAGGUCUUGCCCAUUGAAAUUCCAUCAAUACCACUGGAUGAGUUAAAUAGGAUGACAGGAAACUUUGGUACAAAGGCUUUGAUUGGAGAAGGUUCUUACGGCCGAGUUUUCUAUGCCAAGUUAAGAGAUGGCAUGCCUGCUGCAAUUAAGAAGCUAGACACCAGCAGUUCAGAGGAACCAGAUUCUGAUUUUGCAGCACAGUUGUCAGUAGUUUCAAGACUUAAGCAUGAGCACUUUGUGGAGUUGAUGGGGUAUUGUUUGGAGGCAAACAACCGAAUCUUGGUUUAUCAGUUUGCAGUAAUGGGUUCUUUACAUGAUGUAUUACACGGGAGGAAAGGUGUACAAGGGGCUGAACCAGGUCCAGUUCUGACUUGGAACCAGAGAGUUAAAAUUGCAUACGGUGCAGCGAAAGGCCUUGAGUAUCUGCACGAAAAGGUUCAGCCUCCUAUAGUUCAUCGCGAUGUUAGAUCAAGCAAUGUCCUACUGUUCGACGACUUCUUGUCCAAAAUUGCCGAUUUCAACUUGUCAAAUGCCAAUUCUGACACUGCUGCUCGCCUGCAUUCAACUAGGGUAUUGGGAACAUUUGGCUACCAUGCUCCAGAGUAUGCCAUGACCGGACAGAUAACUCAGAAAAGUGAUGUUUACAGUUUUGGAGUUGUUCUCCUAGAGUUGUUGACAGGAAGAAAGCCAGUAGACCAUACAAUGCCUAAAGGGCAACAGAGUCUUGUUACUUGGGCAACACCAAGAUUGAGUGAGGAUAAAGUGAAGCAAUGUGUCGAUCCCAAGCUAAACAAUGAUUACGCUCCAAAGGCAGUUGCCAAGUUAGCAGCCGUUGCAGCACUUUGUGUUCAAUAUGAAGCAGACUUUAGGCCAAACAUGACAAUUGUUGUCAAGGCUCUUCAGCCACUUCUGAACUCAAAACCAACAGGGCAAGACCCUCGAGCAUAA